GGGGCGGGCCCGGCGGCGCUCCGGCUCCUGCCCCGACAGGUGCGCGCCGCGUGCAGGAAUGCGACCAGCCUGACUCACCAGCGCCUCCUUCCUACCUGCCGCCGCCCCAUAAAGCGGUCCACUCCCCUCCCCGCCGCCCGCCCCCACUGCAGCCCGCCCUCCCGACAGUCCGGUUCGCCGCGCCCCUGCAGCCCAGCCGCCGAACAGAGUUCAGCGCGGGGAGGGCGCGGGUCCGCGCCGAGGACGAAGAGGAUGGCAGGGCCACAUCCCAGCCCAUGGACCAGGCUGCUGCUGGCAACCCUGCUGAGUGUCAGCUUCCCCGGGGACAUGGCAAACCGCUGCAAGAAGGCCCAGGUAAAGAGCUGCACCGAGUGCAUCCGUGUGGACAAGGAUUGCUCCUACUGCACCGAUGAGAUGUUCAAGGAACGGCGCUGCAACACCCAGGCAGAGCUGCUGGCUGCGGGCUGCCGGCCGGAGAGCGUGGUAGUCAUGGAGAGCAGCUUCGAGAUCACAGAGGAGACCGCGAUCGACACCACCUUUCGACGCAGCCAGGUGUCCCCGCAGGCGUUGCAGGUCCGCCUGCGGCCGGGCGAGGAACGGCACUUUGAGCUGGAGGUAUUCGAACCACUGGAGAGCCCCGUGGACCUGUACAUCCUCAUGGACUUCUCCAACUCCAUGUCUGAUGAUCUGGACAACCUCAAGCAGAUGGGACAGCACCUGGCCGAGGUCCUGAGCCAUCUCACCAGAGACUAUACUAUUGGAUUUGGCAAGUUUGUGGACAAAGUCAGCGUCCCUCAGACAGACAUGAGGCCUGAGAAACUAAAGGAGCCCUGGCCCAACAGUGAACCUCCCUUCUCCUUCAAGAAUGUCAUCAGCCUGACAGACGAUGUUGACGAGUUCCGGAGGAAACUGCAAGGAGAGCGGAUCUCAGGCAACCUGGACGCACCCGAAGGUGGUUUUGAUGCCAUCCUACAGACGGCCGUGUGCACGGGUGACAUCGGCUGGCGCCCUGAUAGCACCCACCUGCUGGUGUUCUCCACUGAGUCGGCUUUCCACUACGAGGCUGACGGUGCCAACGUGCUGGCCGGCAUCUUGAAUCGCAAUGACGAGAGGUGCCACCUGGACGCCACAGGCACCUACACUCAGUACAGGGCACAGGAUUACCCGUCGGUGCCCACGCUGGUGCGCCUGCUUGGCAAACACAACAUUAUCCCCAUCUUUGCUGUCACCAACUACUCCUACAGCUACUACGAGAAGCUGCACACGUAUUUCCCUGUGUCCUCGCUGGGGGUGCUGCAGGAGGAUUCGUCCAACAUCGUGGAGCUGCUGCAGGAGGCGUUCAAUCGCAUUCGCUCCAACCUGGACAUCCGGGCCCUGGACAGCCCCCGCGGCCUGCGGACAGAGGUCACCUCCAAGAUGUUCCAGAAGACGAAGACUGGGUCCUUUCACAUCCGGAGAGGGGAAGUGGGCACCUACCAAGUCCAGCUGCGGGCCAUCGAGGACGUGGACGGGAUGCACGUGUGCCAGCUGCCAGAAGACGACAAGAAGGGCAACAUCCAUCUGAAGCCUUCCUUCUCCGAUGGCCUCAGGAUGGACGUGGGCAUCCUCUGUGACGUGUGCUCCUGUGAGCUGCAAAAAGAAGUGCAGUCACCUCACUGCCACUUCCAUGGAGACUUCAUGUGUGGACACUGUGUAUGCAAUGAGGGCUGGAGUGGCAAAAACUGCAACUGCUCCACCGGCUCGCUGAGUGACACACAGCCCUGCCUGCGGGAGGGCGAGGACAAGCCAUGCUCGGGGCGUGGCGAGUGCCAGUGUGGGCAAUGCGUGUGCUAUGGUGAAGGCCGCUACGAGGGUCAGUUCUGCGAGUACGACAACUUCCAGUGUCCCCGUACCUCUGGGUUCCUGUGCAAUGACCGGGGACGCUGCUCCAUGGGCCAGUGUGUGUGUGAGCCUGGCUGGACGGGCUUGAGCUGUGACUGUCCUCUCAGCAAUGCUACCUGCAUCGACAGCAAUGGGGGCAUCUGUAAUGGGCGUGGCCACUGCAAGUGUGGCCGCUGCCAAUGCAACCAGCAGUCCCUUUACACGGACACUAUCUGCGAGAUCAACUACUCGGCGGUCCGUCUGGGCCUCUGUGAGGACCUGCGCUCCUGCGUGCAGUGCCAGGCCUGGGGCACUGGUGAGAAGAAGGGGCGCACAUGCGAGGAGUGCAGUUUCAAGGUCAAGGUGGUGGAUGAGCUUAAGAAAGCGGAGGAGGUGGUGGAGUACUGCUCCUUCCGGGAUGAGGACGACGACUGCAACUACAGCUACACCGUGGAGGGUGAUGGCGCGCCCGGGCCCAACAGCACCGUCCUCGUGCACAGGAAGAAGGACUGCCCUCCCGCCUCCUUCUGGUGGCUCAUCCCCCUGCUCAUCUUCCUGCUGCUGCUCCUGGCACUGCUGCUCCUGCUCUGCUGGAAGUACUGUGCCUGCUGCAAGGCCUGCCUGGCACUUCUCCCUUGCUGUAACCGAGGUCACAUGGUGGGCUUCAAGGAAGACCACUACAUGCUGCGGGAGAACCUGAUGGCCUCGGACCACCUGGACACGCCCAUGCUGCGCAGUGGGAACCUCAAGGGGCGUGACACGGUCCGCUGGAAGAUCACCAACAACGUGCAGCGGCCUGGCUUUGCCACUCACGCUGCCAGCACCAACCCGACAGAGCUGGUGCCCUAUGGGCUGUCCCUGCGCCUCGCCCGCCUUUGCACCGAGAACCUGCUGAAGCCUGACACUCGAGAAUGUGACCAGCUGCGCCAGGAGGUGGAGGAGAAUCUGAACGAGGUGUACAGACAGAUCACAGGCGCACACAAGCUCCAGCAGACUAAGUUCCGGCAGCAGCCCAAUGCCGGGAAAAAGCAGGACCACACCAUCGUGGACACAGUGCUGAUGGCACCACGCUCGGCCAAGCAGCCCUUGCUGAAGCUGACAGAGAAGCAUGUGGCACAGGGGACCUUCCAUGAGCUCAAGGUGGCCCCCGGCUACUAUACCCUCAUUUCGGACCAAGACGCCCGGGGCAUGGUGGAGUUCCAGGAGGGCGUGGAGCUGGUGGACGUGCGGGUGCCCCUCUUUAUCCGGCCUGAGGAUGACGAUGAGAAGCAGCUGCUGGUAGAGGCCAUCGAUGUGCCCAUGGGCACUGCCACCCUUGGCCGCCGCCUGGUAAACAUCACCAUCAUUAAGGAGCAAGCCAGCGGGAUAGUGUCCUUUGAGCAGUCCGAGUAUUUGGUCAGUGGCGAGGAGCAAGUAGCCCGCAUUCCCAUUGUCCGACGCAUCCUGGACAACGGCAAGUCCCAGGUCUCCUACCGUACGCAAGACAACACCGCAAAGGGCAACCGGGACUACAUCCCUGCGGAGGGCGAGCUGCUGUUCCAGCCUGGGGAGACCUGGAAGGAACUACAGGUGAAGCUCCUGGAGCUGCAGGAGAUGGACUCUCUCCUGCGAGGCCGCCAGACCCGCCGCUUCCACGUCCAACUCAGCAACCCCAAGUUCGGGGCGCGCCUGGGCCAGCCCCACUCGGCCACUGUCAUCAUCGGGGACCGAGAUGAGUUGGACAAGAACUUCACAGGCCAGACCCUGUCACCAAUCCCACACGCUCGCGGUGACCUGAGUGCCCCACAGAACCCCAAUGCCAAGGCUGCAGGCUCCCGGAAGAUUCACUUCAACUGGCUGCCCCCUCCUGGCAAACCGUCAGGGUACAGGGUAAAGUACUGGAUCCAGGGUGACUCUGAAUCCGAAGCCCACCUGCUUGACAGCAAGGUGCCCUCGGUGGAGCUCACCAACCUGUACCCAUAUUGCGACUAUGAGAUGAAGGUGUGUGCCUAUGGAGCACAGGGCGAGGGCCCCUACAGCUCCCUGGUGUCCUGCCGCACCCACCAGGAAGUACCCAGUGAGCCGGGGCGUCUGGCUUUCAACGUUGUCUCCUCCACCGUGACCCAGGUGAGCUGGGCUGAGCCAGCGGAGACCAACGGCGAGAUCACAGCCUAUGAGGUGUGCUACGGCCUGGUCAAUGAGGACAACCGACCCAUCGGGCCCAUGAAGAAGGUGCUGGUGGACGGGCCCAAGAGGCGAAUGCUGCUCAUUGAGAACCUGCGGGAGUCCCAGCCGUACCGCUACACAGUGAAAGCGCGCAACGGGGCAGGCUGGGGGCCCGAGAGGGAGGCCAUCAUCAACCUGGCCACCCAGCCCAAGCGGCCCAUGUCCAUCCCCAUCAUCCCGGACAUCCCCAUUGUGGACGCCCAGAGUGGGGGAGACUACGAAAGCUUCCUCAUGUACAGUGAUGACGUUCUGCGCUCUCCAGCUGGCAGCCAGAGGCCUAGCGUCUCUGACGACACAGGCAGCGGCUGGAAGUUCGAGCCCCUUUUGGGGGAGGAGCUGGACCUACGGCGCAUCACGUGGCGGCUGCCCCCGGAGCUCAUCCCGCGCCUGUCGGCCAGCAGCGGGCGCUCCUCCGACGCCAUCGAGCCGACCCGCAGUCCCCCGGACGACAGCGCUGACGGGGGCGCGGGGGUAGCAGUGGGGGAGGGAGGCGGCCUGGCCCGCGGUGCUACGCCCGGGCCCCCCGGAGAGCACUUGGUAAACGGGCGGAUGGACUUUGCUUUCCCGGGCAGCGCCAACUCCCUACACAGGAUGACCACAGCCAACGCAGCCUAUGGCACCCACCUGAGCCCGCACCUGGCCCACCGAGUGCUGAGCACGUCCUCCACCCUCACGCGGGACUACCACUCGCUGACCCGCACAGAACACUCGGGCACGCUGCCCAGGGACUACUCCACCCUCACCUCCCUCUCCUCCCACAGCCUCCCUCCCAUCUGGGAAGACGGGAGGAGCAGGCUUCCGCUGUCCUGGGCCCUGGGGUCCUGGAGUCGGGCUCAGAUGAAGGGGUUCCCCCCCUCCAGAGACUCACGAGACUCUAUAAUACUGGCUGGACAGCCAGCAGCGCCCUCUUGGGGCCCAGGCUCCCGCUUGGCUGCAGGUGUGCCCAACACACCCACCCGCCUGGUGUUCUCAGCCUUGGGGCCCACAUCUCUGAAAGUGAGCUGGCAGGAGCCGCAGUGUGAGCAGGCGCUGCAAGGCUACAGCGUGGAGUACCAGCUGCUGAAUGGCGGAGAGGUGCAUCGGUUCAACAUCCCGAACCCCAGCCAGACUUCAAUGGUGGUGGAAGACCUUCUACCCAACCAUUCCUAUGUGUUCCGUGUGCGGGCCCAGAGUCAGGAAGGCUGGGGUCCAGAGCGAGAGGGUGUCAUCACCAUUGAAUCCCAGGUGCACCCCCAGAGCCCACUCUGCCCCCUACCAGGCUCCGCCUUCACUCUGAGCACACCCAGUGCCCCAGGCCCACUGGUGUUCACUGCCCUGAGCCCGGAUUCGCUGCAGCUGAGUUGGGAGCGGCCACGCAGGCCUGAUGGGGAUAUCCUGGGCUACCUGGUGACCUGUGAGAUGGUCCACGGAGGAGAGCCGGCAACGACAUUCCUGGUGGAUGGUGACAGCCCUGAGAGCCGGCUGAUGGUGCCAGGCCUCAGCGAGAACAUUCCCUACAAGUUCAAGGUGCAGGCCAAGACCACCCAAGGCUUCGGGCCAGAGCGUGAGGGUAUCAUCACCAUUGAGUCCCAGGAUAGAGGCCACUUCCCACAGGUGGGUAGCCACCUUGGGCUCUUACAGCACCCACUGUCAGGAGAGUACAGCAGCGUCACCACCACGCACACCAACACCACCGAGCCCUUCCUGAUAGAUGGACUCACCCUAGGAUCCCAGCGUCUGGAAGCAGGUGGCUCCCUCACCCGGCACGUGACCCAGGAGUUUAUGAGCCACACACUGACCACCAGUGGGACCCUCAACACCAAGGUGGACCAACAGUUCUUCCAGACCUGAGCCCCCACGCCUGCCAGGCUGUGUCCUGGAACCUGCGUCCCCACCCCACCUCCCCUCCCUGGUGCUGCCUCAGCUACACCGUCCUUAGACCCCUGGUGGCCCCGCCCAUCCACAUACUGGUCACAAGGCCAGCGCCUGGCCACAAGGCAGGGAGUGGGUGUCCUCUAUGAGUCAUGAAGUGGGCAGAGGUCCCGGAAGGCCCUUCUGGCUGUUCCCCCAUCCCGUCUAAGCCUAUUUGUAACCAAAGAGCUAGGACCAGCAUAGCAAGGACCCAGCUUAGUUCUGCACUUAAUAAACUAUUUCGCUACCA